AAUAUCGCAUUUAUAUACCUUUCAACCACUAAAACCAUGCAUGCAUCUAAAACUUCGUGGGUCUUGGCUAAGAGUGUGAUGCAUAUACAUAUUAUGUAAGAAAAUCAUCUACUUUCAGCAUAGAGAGCCACACUAAAUAUCUUGAGUCGACAUAUGAUGGCCAUGAUCGAAUGCAUUGCUGCAUUUGCAGUCCUUCUCUUCUUCAUUUUCAUCCACAUUUGGAGACGCAAUCGAGGUGUUCUACUUCCAAAUUGGCCAAUACUUGGUAUGCUACCAGCAAUAUGGCGUAAUAUGUCAGAUUUCAAUAAUUUUGCAACUCUGAUCUUGAAAGAUAAUGGAGGCACUGCAAGGUUUCAAGGACCAUGGCUCACAGACACAAACUUUAUCUUCACCAGCGAUCCCAUGAAUGUCAACCACAUCACAAGCAAGAAUUUUGGCAACUACGGGAAAGGACCCAAUUUCCAUGACAUCUUUGAAAUUCUUGGAAUUGGUAUUGUUAAUUCAGAUUCUCAUGAUUGGAAACAGCAGAGGGCAAUGCUUCACUCAAUGUUCCAAAAGAAAAGCUUUGAGAUCUUGCUUCAACAAACCAUUGAGAAGAAGGUGCAGAAUUGCUUACUACCAAUUCUAACUCAAAUAUCCAAAGUAGGAGCCACUGUAGACUUGCAAGAUAUCUUUGAGAGGUUCACCUUUGACACCACCAGCACCACUCUAUUUGGAUUUGAUCCUCAUUGCCUCCCUAGCAGGUUCGAUGAGCUCUCAGAGAUUGCUUGUGAAAAAUCUUUGCCUAUUCUGGAAGAUGCAAUAUUCUUCAGGCACCUCACUCCAACAUUUAUAUGGAAGCUGCAAAAAUGGCUACAAAUUGGUGUAGAGAGAAAUUUCAAUGUAGCUCAAAAAAAAUUUGACCAAUUCUUGCAUCAAUGUGUAGCGUAUUCCAAACGUGAAGAUCAGCAGAGUGAAGGAGUAGUGGAGGAAUCAAACUUUCACUUGCUAAAAUCUCUAAUGAAGGAAGGAAGUGGAAAUGGGAAAGUGAUGAGUGACAAGUUUCUUAAAGACACUGCUUUCAACCUCUUGGCUGCAGGAAAUGGCACAAUCGCUGCAGGUCUCAGUUGGCUAUUCUGGCUUGUCUCAACUCAUCCAAUUGUGGAAGGUAAAAUUAUUCAAGAGAUCAAAGAUAAUUGUCUAAUCCAAGAAGGUAAUUUUCUCGAUCUUGAUAAGCUAGUUUACCUCCAUGGAGCUGUAUGUGAAGCCUUGAGGCUUUUUCCUCCUAUACCUUUUGAGCACAAGUGUGCCGUCAAUCAUGACACGCUCCCAAGUGGACACCAAGUUAGUGCAAAUAUGAAGAUAUUGUACUUGUUGUAUCCAAUGGCAAGGAUGGAACAUAUAUGGGGAGAUGACUGCUUGGAAUUUAAGCCUGAGAGAUGGAUAUCUGAUAAUGGUCGCAAUAUACACAUGCCAUCUUACAAGUUCAUAACUUUCAAUGGAGGACCUAGAAGUUGUUUGGGAAAGGGCUUUAGUUUCAUUAUGUUGAAGAUGGUUGCAGCUGCUAUAAUACCCAAAUUUCACAUACAAGUCAUUGAAGGUCAUCCUAUAACCCCGAGGCUUUCUGUAGUUAUGGGCAUGAAAUAUGGAUUGAAGGUCCAACUUACUAAAAGAUGCAUUUGAUUGAAGCUUCAAGCUUUGUGAUUUUCCAAAAGAUUUGUGUUGUAUGUUGUGAUCUCUCUUGAAGUGUACCUUUGAAAUUCCAAGUUAAUUACUUGAAUAUGUCUUUUGAAGUGUGUUCUGUUGUAUGUCUUUUGAUUAGGUGUGUGUCUGCAGUUUCUAAAUUAUGGAGCUUUGUUUUUUAUUUUCAAGCGUAUUUAAAUUCAAGUAACAUCAAUAAAAGAUUUACUCUUUU